GCGCGCGAGUAGGAAGUGGUAUUCCUAGUGCAGAGAUGGCCGCGCUAGCUCCGCUGCCCCCGCUCCCCCCCCAGUUUAAGAGCAUACAGCAUCAUCUGAGGACGGCGCAGGAGCAUGACAAGAGGGACCCUGUGGUGGCCUAUUACUGUCGUUUAUAUGCAAUGCAAACUGGAAUGAAGAUUGAUAGUAAAACUCCUGAAUGUCGUAAAUUUUUAUCAAAACUAAUGGAUCAGUUAGAAGCUCUUAAGAAACAGUUGGGUGAUAAUGAAGCUAUUACUCAAGAAAUAGUUGGUUCUGCCCAUUUGGAAAAUUAUGCUUUGAAAAUGUUUUUGUAUGCAGACAAUGAAGAUCGUGCGGGGCGAUUUCACAAAAACAUGAUCAAGUCCUUCUAUACUGCAAGUCUUUUAAUAGAUGUCAUGACAGUAUUUGGAGAACUCACCGAUGAAAAUGUGAAACACAGAAAAUAUGCACGAUGGAAGGCAACAUAUAUCCAUAAUUGUUUAAAGAAUGGUGAGACUCCUCAAGCAGGACCUGUUGGAAUUGAUGAAGAUAAUGAUGUUGAAGAAAAUGAAGAUGCUGGAGCAACCUCUCUACCCACUCCACCACCUCAGCCAUCAUCUUCAACUUUCGACCCAAGCAACAUGCCGUCAAGCAGCUAUACUGGGAUACAGAUUCCUCCCGGUGCCCAUGCUCCUGCUAACACACCAGCAGAAGUGCCUCAUAGCACAGGUGUGACAAGCAAUACUAUCCAACCUACGCCACAGACGAUUCCAACCAUUGAUCCCACACUUUUCAAUAUAGUUUCCCAGGGGGACGUUCGUCUAACACCAGAGGACUUUGCUAGAGCUCAGAAAUACUGCAAAUACGCUGGCAGUGCUUUGCAGUAUGAAGAUGUAAGCACUGCUGUGCAGAAUCUACAGAAGGCUCUCAAGUUACUGACUACAGGCCGAGAGUGAAGAAUGAAGUCUUUGUACAACAGAUUCGUGUAUUUGGGGCCUAAAGAACUAACAGUCCAUUGCUCUGUCUCCAGCCUAUCAGGAGCACAAUUUUAAGGAAGAAUUCCGUUCCACUGAAUAUGACAAUGAAAUCUGUGUCUGUGUGUCAGAUUCCUGUCGAAGUAUUAAUCAGCAGCCUCAGCCAGUUUUCAUUGUCCAUUUAGUGGAUCCAGUAAUAUCUGGGCAUAUAGGGCUGAUGUUAGUAAGACCCUAAAAACACCCAUUGAACCCUUCUUCAAAAAAUGAAAACACACGUCUGAAAAAUGUAUAUUGGGAAUAAGUUUUGUACCUUAAUUUACAUACAAUAAGGGAGUUUGCUUUUUUUUCUUUCUUAUAGUCUAUAAUGUUUGAAUAAACAGUCCAUUCUUGCUUUGCUAUAGAAUUCUAAAUUUUAAUUUUAAUAAUUAUUGCCAGAAUAUUCUAGAUUAGGGGUCAUGUUUCUGUUUUUCUGAGAAUAUCUGAAACAGAUACGAAUGUCCUAAACUGUUAAAUGAAUCUGUAAGAAAUUAUGUUCAAAACUCAAUUUAUAUUCAUGUUAAAUAUAACUGCGUUGAAAGUUAAAACUAUCAUGGAAGGAAGUAAAACAGUAAAGAGGUAGAAUCACCACCUUAGGCUUAAGAAUAAUGCUGGUUUCCCAACUGCUUUGCCUUAUACAUCGAAGCUUAAGGCGAAUUGGUAUUUGCUUCAUAGGUGGCUUGACUGCAUGUUUUAGAGAAUGGGAAAAGAAGACAUUUGUAGUAAUGCCCAGACACUUGGUGCUUUAAGUUAAGGUUCUCCUCUGCUGCUAAUGGAUUCGAUAGAGUGUAUACUUACCGAAUGAUCAGAAGAUUGUAAGAAUUUAGGUUCUCAGUUGUUAACUUGAUAAGUUUCGUGGAGAUUAUGGACUUACUGUGUCAUCCGCAUUUGUGCUGUGUAAAAAAUAAAUAUAAGAAUUCGUUUAA